GAAUUUUGAGAAUUAACAGGACAAAGAUAAUGGAGACUUGUGUGAGCCAUGGAAACAACCCAUCUUCACUACUGCCACCAAGGUUCCACCUUCCUUGUCCAUCCUCCUCGACCACCUCAACCUCUUCCUCUUCCUCUUCCAUGGCGCCACCACCACCACCACCUUCUCUCCCGUUCUCGCGCCGUAUCAUGCUCCUCCAACAAAAUCCCACGUUGGGAUUCCAAUGCUGAAACCUUUCCACCCCGAAAUUUCAGCAGAGCCAACUCCCAAGAAGAAGAAGCAGAAGAUGACGAAGAAGAGGAGUUUGGUAACAAGAGGCGGUGGUGGUCCGAUGACUCUCCGGGAAUCGAGACAGAAUCUAGUGGAAUUUGGGAAGAUGCCAUUGACAAUAUGUGGAUUUUCAAGAUUUUCAAAUCCUAUGGUUGGACGCUGCCCAUCAUCCUUGCGUCUUGGUUGCUUGCUACUGGCCCGAAAGCUUUACUUAUGACAUUAGCAAUUCCCCUUGGUCAGUCUGCACUUGCACUAGCAUUUGAGAAACUAUGGGGACGGUCCGAGAGCAAGCCAAGACGCAAGUACAGGAUGAGGAGGAAACCCCGCACUGCAAAUGGCAACCGAGUUGAGGAAGAGCCUGAAGAAAACCCGAAAACUAAUAAGGGGAAGAAGACAGGGUACCAGUCAUGGGUUGUUGAGAAUAAUGGAUCAGUUGGUACUGAUAGGGGAAACCGAGAAGCACCGAGUUUUGGUGGAUGGGAUGAGUUGGAGAGAUCUAGGCCAGCGACAAGAUCAUCUCGAGCCAUGGGGGGAUCCCAAAGGAUGCCUACAGAAGCUGGAAGGUUGAGUCGGAGAGAAAGAAAAAGUGACACACCUCUGCUAUUGCGGUUGCUCAUUGCUGUUUUUCCAUUUUUGGGCUCUUGGACAAAGAUGUUGUAAUAGUCUCUACCAUUAAGUUGAACUUGAAUGAGUUAGAUUGUGAUUUUUUUUACAUCUUCCUUGAAUGAAAAGAAGCCAAGUAGUUUAUUUUAUGAAGGUUGUUAGUCCUGUACCCACUUUAGCAACAUGUGUUUGUAUCAGAUGAUGAAUUCAGUUCAUCAAUUGCAGAAAAUUUGUACUCUUUACUUGUCUUGUUUUUAGCAGAAAGGUAUUUUGCACACCUCCAUUUUGGUGGGUCUUUUGAGUGUGUUGUAAUGGCAUUUCACCAAAUAAUGGUUUUUUAGCCAGCUUUUGUGAUAAUCUUUAAUUAA